AAGGCAGGAGAAUGGGGUUGAGAGGGAAAUGGGUCAGUCAUCAUGAAAUGGUGUAGCAGACUUGAUGGACUGAAUGGCCUAAUUCAGUCUCUAGUGGUGGCGUAGCGAUUAGCGCGAUGGUAUUAUAGCUCGGCAUCAAGAGUUCAAGUGCUCCGGUUUCCUCCCACAGUCCAAAGACGUGCCGGUUAGUAGGUGGAUUGGUCAUUGUAAACUGUCCUGUGGUUAGACUAGGGUUAGUUGCUGGGUGGUGUGGCUUGGUGGGCUGGAAGUAUCCCUGAAUAAAUAAUACUUCUCUUUCUGCCCAGGAGGUGGACAUCGGAAUGGCAGCUGAUGUGGGAACAUUGCAGCGACUGCCCAAAGUUAUCGGAAAUGCCAGCCUGGUGAGUGAACUCGUUUACACGGCGAGGAAGAUGAUGGCCGACGAAGCGAUGCGCUGUGGACUGGUGAGCCGAGUCUUCCAGGACAAGGAAAACAUGUUGGAUGGUGCCUUUGACUUGGCUUCCGAGAUCGCCAGCAAGAGCCCGUUGGCAGUGCAGGGAACGAAGCUGAACAUGAUCUACUCCCGGGAUCACUCAGUCAAGGAGGGCCUGGAUUACAUUGUGAGUACCAGUACAUGGUUAACGAUAAAGUGGCGUAUUGCAGAGCAAAGACCUUGACAUCUCAUCACCACC